UGUCAGAUAUCAGCCACUUUUUUUUUGCUUUUAUUUACGAUUUAGGCUUCAUGAGGAGAAGUUCUCUAAUGGAAUUCUAAAAAAAAAAUAAUAAAAAAUAGAAAUUAUUUUUAAAAAAAAUGCAAAUAAAACAUUUAAUUUGUACGAAAUUCGGUAUGAAAUGCAGUACGAAGCAACUAAAGUGCGAACACGAUGACCCAGAGAAAUUUGUCAAAUCGCAAUGGCAACAAACCUCCCGAUGUUACACUUUCCUCAUAUACCGAUGGAUUUUAGCACUUUUCUUCAUCUCCGCUCUCAUUUACUCAUUUUACAACCACAUCACAAAGUUCCAUGAAAUCAGCAAAUUUUUCAUCUACUUGACAAAUCAGGGAUUUGUUCUGUGCGUGACGUAUUCCGUGCUUGCCGCUGUCGUUACUACAUGGUACUUUCAACCGGCUCAACUGGAAAAUAUCGAAACGACGGAAAAUAUGCCGUUGAUUCUUCGGAUAAUUUGGGUCAUGCAUAAUGUAUCUUUGACGCUUUCUGUCGUGAUAACGCUCGUUUAUUGGACUUUGCUGUACGAUAGUGAUAAGGAUCAACUGGAUGCUAAAAAUAUCCUGACCCAUAUUUGUAACUCGAUUGUAAUGUUCAUCGACCUUAUGAUAAUCGCGCAUCCCAUUUAUUUGAUGCACGUUCUUUAUCCGAUUUUGCUGGGGAUUUUUUAUGCGAUUUUUUCCGUUAUUUAUCAAUUUGCUGGAGGAUUGAAUUUAGACGAGAAACCCUACAUUUACGGCAUACUCGACUGGACAAAGCCACAAAAGGCAUUUUUAAUAUUUUUUGGCGUAAUAUGUCUCGCCACAUUCAUACAUUGUUGCUUAUGGGCUGUUUGUCAGUUACGGAUAAAAAUUUUCAAGUUUUGUAAUCAGAAGAAUAAGGUUUCUUUCAAGGAUUCGCCGCCAGCUGUUGUUUCAACGACAACGACAAUUUUGGAUGGAAAUGAAAAUUUAUCAUUUACGCGAGAGGAAAGUUACAAGAAAGUUGUUGUAACAUGAAGAGUGUGACCGAUUAAUGAUCUUAUGGAUUAAUUUCUUAUAAAAUUAUAAAUAUGAAGUACUUACCUUUAAUUUGAACCUAUUAACUUGCGUUACCUGUUGAUUUUAUUGAGUCAUGUGAUACUACAUUUAUAAUUACUUUAAGUAGUAGACACGAAGAUUUUUUCAAUUUAUU